AUGGAUCGUUCCAACAAUCAAACCGCUGCUAACGGGUAUCCUGACCAAUAUCAAAAUGACCCACAACAACAGCAGCAUCACAUUCAACAGGCUGAUGUAUGGAACCGCCAACAGCAUCAACUCCAUCCGCAAGGCCAAGUGCCAGGUCAACCGCAACUAAUAUCGGUGCCACUAGUUCACCAUCAACUCCCACCUCAAUAUCAAGCCGUCCCUGCUCAAAUGUGGAAUGGUCAAGUAGCCAUUGCUGCUCCUCAUGGUCAAGUUCAUCAACCGCCAGGUGUCCCAGCCAAUGCUCAUUAUUCACCUUAUGCUCAAAUACAAUAUGCUUAUUCACCAAAUCAGCCCAUAGGACUUGAUCCUAAUAGCCAUUCACCACAGUAUGCUUAUGUCCAACAAACUCCACAAUUGGUCUCAACAACUUCUCAAGAACACAUACCACACCAUCAUCAACAACAACAACCUCAUAUGAUUGAAUCAAAUUCAAUUGCCACUCCAUCUACAAGAACCUAUACGCAUGCUUUUAAUGAAGAACCAAACACAGCAUUUUCAACAACGGAGACAAAACAUAUGGAUGCCUUGAAUUCUGCUUUGAAAAAUCCAAUACCACCUUAUGCUAUUGCCACUACAAACAAUACAAAUGGGCGAAGAUCUAAGACUCCAACAAGUAAUAAUGGAUCAAAUGCAAACACUUCACCAACAAAUGAAGCCAAUCCAAAUGCUGCUAAGAAAGGCUUCAGAAACUCAAGAAGAAGACAUAGAAACUCUCAUCUUGGCUGUGCGACUUGUAAAAGUCGUCGUAUCAAAUGUGAUGAACAAUUACCACAAUGUAAAAAUUGUGUUAGAGCAAGACUAAGUUGUGCUUAUUUGGCCUUGGAUGACGCAGCUAGAGAAGCUUUGAAAACUGCUCAACAAGCUCAUGCUGCUAGAUUGCAAAGUUUAACUGUUCAAUCAAAUGCUCAGAACCAAAAAUCACAACAACAAAAUCAACAUUACCAUCAUAAUCAAAUUCAACAACAAAUGCAACAACAUUCAUAUCCAUACCCUAACCAACCUUAUUUUGCCCCUGGAUUACCUUCAAGAAUAUUUGUGAAUUCAUUACCUCCAUUAGCUCAGCAGCAACAAUAUCAACCUGAACCCCAACAACAGCAACAACAGCCAUUACAACAUAUACCAAUUCAAGUCAAUCUUCAAAAGCCUUUAUUACCCCCAUUAGAGUUCCCAUUCCAACAGACUAAUGGUUCAACAACCAUCUCAAAUAACAAUAGUCCAACGGAAAGCAUCAAGAGACCAAAAUCUACGGGAUCAGAAACUUCAAGCUCUGCAACUUCGGUAUCAGGUGCUGGUUUAAAUGAUACAAGCGGUGGAAAUUCUGCAAUAAAUUCAAUCUCUUCAAGAUUUUCAAUUCAAGCUGAUAGUUUCAAUAGUUUAGCAACUUUGAUAGGUAAACAUAAAGAUAUUGAUCCAAGAAUAUCUGAUCAAAAUCCUCAAUUCCCAGAAGAAUUUACUGAGAUUGUUCUUGAUCCAAAUUGUACUAAACAUUUGAAUCAAAUUUGGGAAAAAAUAGAUUGGUCAUUGAUUAAGAAAUUUAGAUCAGGAUUUGAACCUGAAUGGUUGUAUGAUGAAUAUGAUCGUUAUCACAACCUACUCAUGAAAGAAGCUGAAAAUAAUAUUGUUUUGUUCAAAUCUUUGUUGUCAACAGGUGCUGUUUUAUUAACUCAAUAUUCAAAAGAUCAACAAGUUAGAGAGAUCGCCUCAAGACAACUAAAUAAAGAGUUUGAGAUAGUCUUGAGAUUUUUGGAUAAAUUUAAAAUUGAUUUAACAAAAGAAGUUAAUGAUCCAAAAGUUUUCUAUGAUAAUGUGAAUAUUGCCUUUUCAAAAUUUCAAAUUUUCCAAACUGCAAUCCCAACAACUUAUUUUGGCUCUCAUAAUAUGAAUGAUAAUGUUGAAUUAACAAGUCGGUUCUUUAAUUUCAUCAUCUCUUACUUGAAUAAUGAGUUUGUGGCAUUUAAAGAUGAAGAAAUUGUGCAAAAAUAUAAACAAGAUGAAUUAUUCAAGCAAGCUGGAAUUUUGAAUGAGUAUAUGGGUGUUUUCAUCAUUUAUUACGUCCAAUGUAUUAAGGCUUAUCAUACUGCUUCAUAUAACACUGUGUUUUUCCAGGAAUUGAUUAAUAACAUUGAAAAAGCUAAACCAUUGAUCUAUGACAAAUUAUCUAAAGACCAUCAAAAGGACUAUGAUAACUUGGUUGAGUUUACCACCAAGUUGAAUGAAUAUUUUGUCAAACUUAGAUCAGCAAGUGAGAACAGUAAGAAUUUGACAAAUGAAUUACAAGUGUUGUUUUAUACAAUGAAGAAAUGGUAUUCAAUUUUACCUGAACAAUUAUACAUUGAUCAACAAUACCCAGAUGAAGUCUAUGUUCUUUAUGCUUAUUUCCAUGCAACUAUUUCAUCAUUGAUUGCAAUUUUCCCAGAAACUAGGUUUUAUUUCAUUUAUUCAUUUAAUGGUAGAGAUGGUACAAGAACAGCUAAUCCAAUUUUGAACUAUUACAAUAAUGAAACAACAAGUACAGAAAUCAAAGAAGCAUUAAAAUAUCCUGUUAAAUUGAUUGAAUUUUUCAAAAAGAGAACUUUAUUGUUAUCACAGUAUUUAAGUGAUGUUUCAAAUUUACCUGCCAAGAUCUUGUUGGAUAAAUCAAAUAGACAUAUUUUGAGAAACUUGGUUAAAGAAGAACAAUUGACUUCAUUUGAAGUGGGAAAUAUUGAUGAAAGUGCCUAUCCAAACAUUGAUCAAACCUCAAGUUUCUACAACAAAGAAUCAAACUCAAUUAUAAUUCCAUCUCUUUCAAGUGGUCAUGGAUUUAGUAAUUUUGAAAAAGCUCAACUGAAAAGAGAAUCACUGUUGAAAAAAUCCGUGGAAGAUGGGUUGACAACUAUUGAUAAGACUUUAAUUGAUUCAUUCUUCACCUCACCAUCAGCUUCAUCAUCUGUCUCACCAACUAUAUGA